AUGGCUGCCAGACCUACAACACCAGCUUCCCCAAAAAAUGUUAGAGUCAAGGCACCUGUUCCGGGGACGCCCUUGUUUGGCUGCGAUGUCGAGUCGCGCAGUGGCUCGCUCUAUUGCCAAAAAUGCGAUGACAUCGUCUGGGACCCAACACUCGAGGAGCUUCGCGUAAGGAAGAUUGGCACUGGAUCGUUUUCUGGACGCAAGAGAAAGCACGACGAGCUCUUCGGCGAAUCAACGAAAGACGAUCCUCGUUACAUUUCCGCCAACACGACGAUAUCGUCAUGCCGAGCGAACGGAAUUCGCGGUAUAUACAAUGCUGGCGCAACUUGCUAUCAAAAUGUUGUCCUCCAGAGUCUGCUCCACAACCCGCUUCUGCGUAAUUUUUACCUGAGCGACGGCCACCAGAGUAGCGAGUGCCAGGUCCCCCACUGUCUCAGCUGUGCCAUGGACGACAUGUUCCAAGACUUCUAUGCUCUUGAGAACACCAACGGUUACACCGCAGCAAACGUCCUCUCCGGAUUCUGGAUAUCAGAGAAAAAGGCUUUUGAGAACCUUGUCACCACCAAGGAGCAAGACGCCCACGAGUUUUUUCAGUUUCUUGCUGAGGAUCUUCACGAGAGGAACGGGGAUGGGAGGAAGCCCGAGACUGGGAGCGAACACAGCUGCAAUUGCAUCAUUCACCAGACAUUCUACGGCAAGAUCCAGACGACUACCACAUGCCAGAACUGCUCUGGUACUACCAACGCUGUACAGUCAUUCCUUGACCUUAGUUUGGGACUAGAGAAUUUGGUGCAGAAGCGCAAGAAGAAGUUCAACGGCCCCCCGCCGGCUCUCACACUCAACGAUUGUCUUGGUGAAGAAUACAUCAGCUCAGACAAGUGCGAAUAUCGCUGCCAAAACUGCAACUCGUUGCAGCAAGCACGGCGCAACACGACUAUCAAAUGCCUUCCUAAUGUGCUAUCUAUUCAGCUCAAGCGGUUCGAGUACAAACAAGGCCGACAUGAUCGAGCGUCCAAGAUUGAUUCGCCCGUAAGGUUCCCACUCCAGCUUAACAUGCUGCCUUACACAAAUCGCCCUCGUGGUCGUGAAGGCAGGGAGAGUGCCCAACUCGAGAGGUCUUGCACCUACGACCUGCUCAGCGUCGUGGUUCAUGUGGGCGAGAUCGAGACUGGCCAUUACGUAUCGUAUUGUCGCGUUGGUGACCAGUGGUUUAAAUUCAAUGAUCACAAGGUUGAGUUAGCAUCGAUAUCCGAGGUUCUGGGUGCCCAGGCCUAUCUCCUUUUCUACAUUAUCCGUUCUCUUGGUUGA